AUUCCCGGCUUGGGCCUCCACCGACAGCCCAACCGCCUCCGACCCCCGCCUGCGCAGAAGAAGCUACUAGCCCAGCCGGGUCUGAGUACUACGUCCUAACUGGGAGCCCCAGGCCACUUAUCUCAACUCCUACCCCUACGUGGAGGCCGGGCCCAGAGAUUCCCAGAACAUUUGAAAGGCUACCGGCCAGGGUCCCUGCUACCUGUCACUCCCACUCCCAUUCAGGCCAGACAGGUCGCCUCGCUUACCUUUCCUGGGAUGGCAACUGUGACUUGGUGAGGGGAGCCUCUCUGGGCUCUGCUGCCAGGGGUGUGGGCUGACUUGCCUACAGCUGGAGCUGAUAAGUCAGCAAAAGGGGCAGGCUGCUUUGAGGCUGGGUCAGGAAACAUAUGCCACUUUACAGGGAAAAGCUGAGGCUCAGAAAAGAUUAGUAUCGCACCACCCAGGGGCUGGAACCCAAGCCUCUGGCACCAAACGUGCCCACACCACUCUUCCCUUCAGAUCAACGUAAGCCGCAGAGGGUUUCCAACCCCACCCCAGGGCACAUCAAAUGUCCCCACAGAACACCUGCCCACUACAUAGGGCAGGGGCUAACUGUGCCAGAGUAAGGGCCCUUGCAUUUCACCCAGGGGACCUGAGGCCUGGCUCCACCCCCAUUCCGGCCACUGGGUCUCAGGUCAGGCUCCAGCAGGCCUGGAGUGGGGGUGUGGAGGCAGAGCCACCCAAUCCUGUAGGGACAGGUUUCACAACUUCCCGGAUAGGGCUGUGGUGGGUCACAGUGCAACCUCCAGCCAGGAGGAUGGGGUGGCUCCCACUCCUGCUGCUUCUGACGCAGUGCUCAGGGGCCCCUGGGCAGCGCUCGCCCUUGAAUGACUUUCAGGUGCUCCGGGGUACGGAAUUGCAACACCUGCGACAUGCAGUGGGGCCCGGGCCUUGGCAAGAGGAUGUGGCAGAUGCUGAGGAGUGUGCAGGGCGUUGCGGGCCCCUAGUGGACUGCAGGGCCUUCCACUACAAUGUGAGCAGCCACGGUUGCCAACUGCUGCCAUGGACCCAAUACUCACCCUAUACUCAGCUGAAACGUUCGGGGCGCUGUGACCUCUUCCAAAAGAAAGACUAUGUGCAGACCUGCAUCAUGGACAAUGGGGUCAAGUACCGGGGCACGGUGGCCAUCACCAUCGGCGGCCUACCCUGCCAGCACUGGAGCCAUAGGUUCCCCAAUGACCACAAGUACACGCCCACACUCCGGAACGGCUUGGAGGAGAACUUUUGCCGCAACCCUGACCGGGACCCCGGAGGUCCCUGGUGUUAUACGACAGACCCUGCAGUGCGCUUCCAGAGCUGUGGCAUCAAGUCCUGUCGGGACGCCACUUGCGUUUGGUGCAAUGGCGAGGAUUAUCGCGGGGCAGUGGACCGCACCGAGUCCGGACGCGAGUGUCAGCGCUGGGACCUGCAGCGUCCGCACGCGCACCCCUUUGAGCCGGGCAAGUUCCUUGACAAAGAUCUGGACGACAACUAUUGCCGGAAUCCUGACGGCUCCGAGCGGCCCUGGUGCUACACCACCGACCCGCAGGUGGAGCGAGAGUUCUGCGACCUCCCCCGCUGCGGGUCCGAGUCACAGCCGCGCCACGAGGCCACGACGCUCAAUUGCUUCCGCGGGAAGGGCGAGGGCUACCGGGGCACGGCCAACACCACCGCCGCGGGCGUGCCCUGCCAGCGGUGGGACGAGCAGAACCCGCAUCAGCAUCGUUUUGCGCCGGAGAAAUACGCUUGCAAGGACCUUCGGGAGAAUUUCUGCCGGAACCCUGACGGCUCCGAGGCGCCUUGGUGCUUUACGUCGCGGCCUGGCAUGCGCGUCGCCUUCUGCUACCAGAUCCCGCGCUGCGUCGACGACUUGCGGCCCGAAGACUGCUACAACGGCGUGGGGGAGCAGUACCGCGGCUUGGUCAGCAGGACCCGCAAGGGCGUCCCGUGCCAGCACUGGUCUGCGGAGAUGCCGCACAAGCCGCAGUUCACACCCACCUCCGCCCCCCACGCGCAUCUGGAGGAGAACUUUUGCCGGAACCCGGAUAGGGACAGCCACGGGCCCUGGUGCUACACUACGGACCCGGGGACUCCGUUCGACUACUGUGCACUGCGGCGCUGCGAUGAUGACCAACCACCGUCCAUCCUGGAGCCCCAAGACCAGGUGGUGUUUGACAAGUGUGGCAAGAGGGUGACCCGCCUGGACCAGCAGCGCUCCAGGCUGCGUGUGGUGGGGGGCCAGCCUGGGAACUCGCCCUGGACAGUCAGCUUGCGCAAUCGGCAGGGCCAGCAUUUCUGUGGGGGUUCCCUAGUGAAGGAGCAGUGGGUACUGACUGCCCGGCAGUGCUUCUCCUCCUGCCAUGUGCCUCUCAUGGGCUAUGAGGUGUGGCUGGGCACCCUGUUCCAGAACCCACAGCCGGGGGAGCCAGGCCUGCAGCAGGUUCCCGUGGCCAUGAUGGUGUGCGGGCCCCCAGGCUCCCAGCUUGUUCUGCUCAAGCUGGAGAGACCUGUGACCCUGAACCAGCGAGUGGCCCUGAUCUGCCUACCCCCUGAGCGGUAUGUGGUGCCUCCAGGCACCAAGUGUGAGAUCGCAGGCUGGGGUGAGACCAAAGGUACAGGGAACAAUGUCCUAAACGUGGCCUCGCUGAACGUCAUCUCCAACCAGGAAUGUAACGUCAAGCACCGCGGACGCGUACGGGAGAAUGAGAUGUGCACUGAGGGACUCCUGGCCCCUGUGGGUGCCUGUGAGGGUGACUACGGGGGCCCACUUGCCUGCUUUACCCAUGACUGCUGGGUCCUGGAGGGAAUUAUAAUCCCCAACCGAGUGUGCGCCCGGCCCCGCUGGCCAGCCAUCUUCAUGCGCGUCUCUGUGUUUACGGACUGGAUUCACAAGGUCAUGCGGCUGGGCUAGGCCCAACUUUGAUCCCAUGUACUUGGGAGAGGACAGAGCUUCCUGUCAGACAUAAAGCUGCCUCUCCUCUUUACACCUCUGCAGGGUGCUUCUUAGCCUCUGCUGGGAAAUCA